UUUGCAGAACCUUACAGCCUGUCUGGGCCAGCAGGGAGCUCGCUUCUUUCAGCUUUUCUGAGGUUGCAAAGUCCACUGUCACCAUGUCUGACACCGAGGAAGUUGAUCAGGUCGAGGAAUUCGAUGCUGUAGAAGAGGAGGUAGUAGAGGAAGUAGAGGUGGCCCCUGAGGCGGCCCCUGAGCCAGAGCCAGAGCCAGAACCAGAGCCAGAGCCAGAACCAGAACCAGUGGUAGAACCAGAGCCAGAGCCAGAGCCAGAGCCAGAGCCUGAGCCUGAAGAGGCCGUUGAAGAGGAAGAGGAGAAGCCAAAGUUCAAGCCCAGUGCUCCCAAGAUCCCCGAUGGUGAGAAAGUGGACUUUGAUGACAUCCAGAAGAAACGUCAGAACAAGGACCUGAUCGAGCUGCAGGCCCUCAUCGACGCUCACUUUGAGUGCAGGAAGAAGGAGGAGGAAGAGCUGAUCGCCCUCAAGGAGAGAAUUGAGAAACGUCGUGCUGAGAGGGCAGAGCAGCAGAGGGUCCGAGCUGAGAAGGAGAAGGAGCGCCAGGCCAGACGUGAGGAGGAGCGGCGGAUCAGGGAGGAGGCUGACGCCAAGAAGAAGGCUGAUGAGGAGGCCAAGAAGAAGUCUGCUCUGUCCAGCAUGGGCUCCAACUACAGCAGCCAUCUGCAGAGGGCUGACCAGAAGAGAGGUGGAAAGAAAGAGACUGAGAGAGAGAAGAAGAAGAAGAUCCUGGCUGCCAGACGCAAGGCUCUGAACAUCGACCAUCUGAACGAGGACAAGCUGAAGGACAAGAUCAAGGAGCUGCAUGAAUGGAUGACCCAGCUGGAGUCGGAGAAGUUCGACCACACGGAGAGACUGAAGAGGCAGAAGUACGAGGUGCUCACGUACAGGAACCGCAUUGAUGAGUUGCAGAAGCACAGCAAGAAGGGUGCUGCCGCCCGCCGCAGAAAGUAAGCCGGCUGCCCGGAAACCAAACCGCCAUGGUCUCCGACACACGCCUGAAGAAGCAGAGCACACAGUGGCGACGGUCGUAGCUCAGAAGAAGCCAGCAACGCUGAGGGUCACCCUGCGGUUACCCGAGCCUGCCCGGAGCCAAACCAGGAGCUUUUAGCUGUUCAGCAUCUACUACCCACGCUUCCUCGCCCUCCACUGUUUGGUUCUCAGUAUUUUUGUAAAUAAAGUGUGACUCUUCAAGCCA